GUUCGGGCCCAAGCAGCGGAGCUUGGCACCGACUAUCCCGGGAUGGUUUAUUUCCAGCCGUCACGUCGGAGAAUGCUGCUGUAACUUGUUCAAACAGUCCGGCCGGUCUCGUGGAAAGGCUUGCGUUCUCUUUUCCACUUUCUAUUCCACCCAGUUGUUGUAUUUCCUUCGUUAAUGAUUAGACAACAUCUGCGUCACUAACCGAAGCUACUACAGGAAGUUACAUCACUCCGAUUGACCAUGCUAGCCAUUGACAGACAGGCUGCCCAAUUACGUCACUGUCAAGCGAGCUGAGCUGCCGCCCUCAGAAUCACAGAUGGAGACGAGAGGGCAUACAGGAGCAAGAUAUGCCAACUAGUGGAGUGGUGGUGCAGCAACAACCUGGCACUCAACGUCAGUAAAAUGAAAGAGUUGAUUGCGGACUUCAGGAAAGUAGACGCCAUGUCAGACAAACCAAAUCUAUGUGAAAUCAUACAAUUUGACAAGAAAAAACUGAAGAAGAUAGAAACCAAAGAAAAAAACCCUUUGCCAACAAAAGAGACAAUUGAAGAGGAAAAAAGGCAAGAAUCAGCUUCAUGAAUGUGGAAUGGAGGAGAUGCAACUUUUAAUUAUUUUUUUAUGUUGACUGGUUUUAGUUUCAAAACCCUCACACCAACUAGCUCACAAUGGGAUUCUGUUGCAGCAUCCACUCCAAAUCUCAAGAUGGGCUCUACUUCCUAUAAUGCACCAAGGGACCAAAUUAUCCAUAUAAUGGUGAUUGGAUUGUAUGGUUUUGGAAACAAUGUAUUGUGCACUAAAAUGUGAAGCAGUUUUAUUUUAGUCAUGUAUUUAAAUUCACAUGUUCAUUGAUUCUUCUGUUUAACCUGUUACAAAGUAAAUAAAUAGGUAAAUGUGUGAAAUAGUUUAGACUUGUUGUUUCUUAUCCUUUCUCAAGCUCUCUUCCUCUUCCACUGCCCCCCCCCCCCCACCCCACUAUCACCUUCAAGAAGAGUUUCAAAAUCCUGGAAAAAUCCAUUUGCUUUCUUUUUGAUUAUAUUUUCUAUCUGCUAUACUGCAACUGCAAAAUGUUCACUCAUUGUUGAAACUAUAAUUGAAUAAACAAUGUAGAUAUUAACCUGCAACCAUUUUGGAACAUCAAACAUUACAAUUGUAUGUUAAUGAUAUGGUGGAAACAGUUCAAUUAUAAAAUAAUUUUCUUGAUGUAUUUACAAGUAAGUUCCAUUAUUCCAUAUGUCUAGAAUGACUAAUGAUGCAUAGUUAAUCAUAAGUAAUUGUAAGUAUCUUUAAGAAUGGAAAGGUCUUUCCAAUAUCUUGGAGAAUAUAGGUUGUCAGUGUGUAUCCAUAACUAUGAAAUGUGUACAUUUUGAGGACUCUUGUUGACCAGUAUAAAUCAUAAAUCACUCUAAUAGAUGCUGUCCUAUGUAUCUGCAGUGAAUUAUCCAAAUAAAAUUUGAAUGUUUCAGCCAACUAAGGACAUAUCAACAGUAAAUGUAUUAUAAGAUAUUUUUAUUUAUAGAAUAUUUUAAAUCUAAUUUAACAGGAUAAAAUGUUUUGGGGGAAAAUAGAAUGAUUUCUAUCAAAGUAUACUUCUUUCCAAUUAACCAUUUUGUAAGUUUUAAGGAUUACAAUAAAUGGAAGUUGCAUCAA